AUGGCAACCACUACCACCUGGGACGCCAUAGUCUUCAUCGCGUCUUACGCCUUUGCCGUCUUCCUCACCCUGGUUGAUGCUCAGUCUUGUGGGAACAUGACCACAACUAUUUCAGUCAUCGAAACCGUCACCGAGACCAUCUCCUUGAUGUCUGGGCCCGUGACUGUUACUAUGACUGAGUCCAUCGACGCCUUCAAUUUCACUCACGUCUCUGGCACCACCUACCCCGGAAUCACUGCAACUACAGACACAGUCACAGAUACAGUCACUGUCGGCAACGAGAGCAGCUCCCUGGGCCCUUCAGUCAUCAACUCUGUUCACUCCGGUUCUGCCAUCACCUUGACAAGCACCACCAAGAUCACUUCUUAUGUCAACACCACUGUCUCUGCUGCCGGACCUGCUACUUCCAGUGGCGCAAGCAGCAAUCUCACACGUGCAUCGGUGCCUGGCUCUCUUACUCUGACAUUCCCCAUUGUCACUGCCAGUCCUCCUUGUGCCUCUGGUCUCCCAAAUGCAACCUGCGGUAAUGGCAGCUUCAUCUCAGUCACUGGAACUUCGGUUCACAACUUGACUUCCCUCACUACCGUCAUCAGCACCGCAUACCUUGAUACCAUCACGUCGGUUGCUCUGGUCACCACCGUCACUGUUGUGAACACUUCGAAGCCAUUCUUUGUCAAUGGGACUUUUGAGACUAGCUUCCCCUUUGCCACUCCAGACUUGUCGUCUGCGUUGAGUGUCGCAUCAUCUGCCUUUGACAGCAUCACUGGAAACCAUCCUGUCAGCGGCAUUGGCACUAGCACAAGUACGACCACAACCACUGUCACACUGUCAAAGAGUUCUGCCACUGUCGGCGCUGUCAAUUCCACACUCGGGACUGCUACCUUGAUGAUGUUCUCUACCAUGACUACCACCUCGACUGUCGAGCCAGUCGACUCAGCCUUGAGCAAAGCAUCGUCGUUGCUCAGCAAUGCUUCUUCAGAGAUUGGAACAAAGACUGUCAUUACUACAACUACUGCCACACCUAUUGGCACAAUUCUCAGUGCUGUGUCUUCCCUCCUCAGUGAGGCUACAUCAGAGAUCGCAAGCGUAAGCGAGACUGUUGGCGCAAGCACUACUACCACCACUGUCUACACCACCGUUGCUGCAACCAAGUCUUCAUCCUAUGCCGCUGGUACGACCUACACAGUGACCGUUCCAGUGUAUGUCAACACCACUACGACCUCUGUCUAUGAAGAUACUGUGACUACAAUUGAUCGGUUCAACACUAGCGACACUGUUCCGAGCAAGGAAUCAGCCAUCACAUUCCUCCCUUCGACCGUAUCUGUCGGCGUGCCCUUGUUGAGUGUUAUCAUGACAAGUGAGAGCUUCAACAUCACUGCCUCACCCAUCGCAAGCAGCAAUGUAUCUGUGUCGCUUCCCAUGGUGUCUGCAUCCGUCUCAGAGUCUCAAGCAUCGUCAUCAGUCUCAGUCUCGAUCUAUACUCCAACUAUGACUGGCGCAGCAUCUUCCGUGCGCAUUCCCGGUGUCUUUGGUCUGAUCACCCGCUUCUUGAUGGUCCUCGACCUCGUCAAGCCCAAGACCACCCUCGUCAGAGCCUUGUCUGCACUUCCGCCUGACCCAGUCACUGCCCCAUCCCCACCCAGCAUGACCACCACUCCUGGCGUCUCGGUGUCAGUCUCUGUGUCCGUCUCGACCAUGCCGUGCAACUGCACCACAAACUUGAACAUGACGACCAACAGCUUGGACAGUGCAAACUCUACCGUGUGGUUGACCAGUACCGUGUUGAGAACUUCGACCAUCACAGCCACCACGACGACCCAAGUCCCUGGUGCUCAUCCAGCUCCAGCCAACUCGUCUCUGGCAAGCACUGUCACCACAAUUCCACCUCCUGCUGUUUUGGCGAGCACAAUUCCUGGCGCCACCGAGUCUCCAUCUUUGACUGCUAGCGGUAGUGCCACUGGUGUCGGUGUCGGCGUGACCAUCACCCCCGCGUCCAUUGUUGGGAACACGACCUUGACUGUAUCCUUGAUCAACGGCCACGGCAACGGUAGCAGCACUGCGAUCCCAGUGAAUGCGUCCGCCUCCGCCCCCGCCUCUGCAUCUGUGUCUGCCACUGCCGUGCACAGCACCACGAUGACGCCGUUCCCCAACACCACCACCGGCAACGACAGCAUGAUCCUGCCCAACCCCACCACCAUGACCGUCAACAGCAGCACGACCGUGCACCCCACCGUGACGAGCUUCCUGAGCACCCACCAUUCCAGCCACUCCAGCGGCUUCGCCUUUGCCACCGCCAGCAGCAGUGGAAACAUCACGACCUCGUCUUCGAUGGCCUCGUGCUCUCUGACCCGUCUGACCGUGCACACCGUGACUGCCUUGCUCCUCGUGGCCGUCACCGCCUGGUUCGUCUUGUGA